AUGUUUUCAACAAAAUUUUCUUCUGCAUCUUCUCGUGUUAAUCAAAAUGCAUUCAAUCCACAUGGCGUGAAUGAAUCGAUACUAAAUCAUUUAUUUCUUCCGUACAGAUUACCAUCUUCAGCAACUAAAGAUUACCUCACUCAAAAUGAUCAUCAAGAUGAAUACAAACUGCUCCAAUGUACACAUGAAUAUUUGAAGUCUAUAGAUGCAAAGAAUGAUUUGCCAAUUUUCUCAACUCUUAAAACCUGUAUCGAGCGUUGGUCAAGCGUACAGAGUACCAUGAAUUGCUCUGUUUCAUUUCUACAAUCUACCAUACAAAAAUUAGCACCCGGAGAAUUUCUUCCACUCUAUUUUCAUGCCCAAAAUGCUGCAAUUUUAAUCGAAAUCGACAAGAAUUCUCCCAAUCAGCCAUUGAUUUCAUCUUGGCAAGUUCUUCUACCAACAGAAACUAUAACAUCAUCCCUAGAACCACAUUUUUCUUGUUUUCCUGUGCCUGUCUUCCGCCUGCCUGAUCGAACUCAGUUGGUAUCUACCGUUCAAUGUGAGUUACUUUCGGAAUUUAUGAAUAAUACAAUUGAAUAUCCGAAAUCUCAUAAAGCAUCUUAUACAUUUGAUGAGAUUCGAGAAGUACCAAUAGCACAUUAUGUAUGUCAAUGGUGGAUCACACAAUUUCAAGGCGUUCAACCUGAUUCUCCAUCAAAACCACCAUUUUCAUUUAAAAAGAAACAUCGUGAUCAAAUUCGAUACAAAACCGCAACAUAUCCAUUUCGACGAUCAGGUUUAUGGAUGACCAUGAAAGUUGUUUUCCAAAAUAUCUUAACUAAACGUUUGGGUGACAUUGGAAUUAUCGUCUAUAAAUUACUCGUUACUGACUUCUUAACUUAUUUUAUCUGUACAAAACAAUAUCAAACAGAUUAUCAGCUGUCGACUGAUCUUCUCAUGUUUUGUCUUCGGAAGAUUGUACGACGACUAAGCAAAAUCGAAACUUUACUAUCAUCGAUCGAUUCGAAUGGUAUAACUCCGUGGGUACAAAAUAUGCUCACAGGUAUCAAGGAGAAAAUCGAUCGUGUCACUCCGAAAUUCGAUUGGCAAAAACCGAUCGAGGACAAUCAAAAACAAAACAUACUACAAUAUCAAAUCGAUCUCAAUCCGGAGGCUCUCUACCAUCAUCCAUGCAUGAAAUUAAAUGCUUAUCUCGAUAGAUUGCAUUCUGGUAUUUCUUCAACAUGUAUCUAUAGCAAAUCUGUCUAUGGUCUUGGGCCAUCGUCAAAUGUUACUAACGGAACCGAUGUGUUACCUCGAAUUUCAGUCUUGAUCAAACAGGAGCCUGAUGCUAUGGAGAUAACAUUGGCACGUAUCGAAAUGUGGGUCGAGUUUCAUUUAGAAAAAUGGAUCAAUCGCUCGUUAUUGUCAAGAAUCGGUUACAAAUGUUUCGAGGAUCUGCAAGCUUUUUACGAAGAGUAUCAAAAUGCAGCUCUAAAUUUUUAUUCUUCGAACAAAGAAUCCACUGAUUUAUUUGGCUACGGUCGAUUUAUUCUAACCUCGUUGACAAUAAUACACUUGAUGCAUGUAAAACUAUGCGCAGCUCCACGAUUCAGACGGUUGAGAGACCAUGCGAUUAUAAUUCCUAAUCUUUUAAGCUUAUUCGAAUUCUUAAUCUUACCCAGUCGAGACGAUAUGAUUCGAGCGCGAUAUUUAUACGAUUAUUUCUCUGAAUUUAACUGCAAGUCGUAUCCUGAUAUUUUAAGUGACAUCGAUUCAGAAAACGCAUUCGGUGUUGAUUUUGCCAAUCAAUCAGAAGAAAUCAAUGAAAAUUUGAAAAAGAUUGCAGAACAAGUCGCACAAGACCAAAACGACAAAUUGAGAGAAGUUCACAACGCCAAAGAGUCAUAUGAACGACUUAUGAAAACAGCCAACAGUCUUGAAUGUGAAUGUGAAUGUGAAUUAUCAAUUUGGUUUAAAAAAUGUCGUCGUUGCGCAACGAUAACGGAAGCAAAUAAUAUAAAAUUAGAUAUUUACGAGUGUCCGAUGCCGCACGAACGUAAAAGUGCCCUGGCAGUAAUGUUUGAACUACAGAUGCCCAGCGAAUUUCGAUGUUAUCGUGAUAUACUUUGGCAAUUUAUCAAUCGUCCAAAUCCAACUCCUGCACAUAAAAUGCAUGAAUGGUUGAGUACUCGUCCUCACAAAAGUAAAUUAAGGGACUAUUUCAAAAGUUCAUCAAAUUACAAAGUAAAACUAGUAUCAGAAACGAAAUCAAUAUCAGAAAGUCAUUAUUCAAAUGGACGAUGCAUUGCAUCAACACCUGUUGAAGAAUAUUUCUAUGAGAAUAGUCUAAAAGUUCAAAUAUCUCCAACGAAACCAUGUGAAUUUCAAGAUGAAUGUCGAACAUUAACGCCUAACCUGAUAGAUUCCAAUUACAAAGAUUUACAAUUCUCUCUUCGUAGCACGGCAUUUGUACAAAAUCAAGUCAUAGCCGAAUUAUCAAAAUGUUCAUUGAAACUAAACCCAAAUGAAUUUGUUGAAUUCGGUUCGUUUCGGUCUGGUCACUGUUUGCAGUGGUGGAAUUUACUAAGUAUUCUCGAAUUAGAUUCAUUAUCAAUGGAUGAGGAAAGUGUUGUCAUACUCAUCACCCAUGCGCUUCUACAAUACGGGCCAGUGACAAGAAAUGCACAGUUAUUGACUCAUUCCUGGUGUCCCGAGUCACAUGAACAAAUAUUAGAAGAUUUGUUUGUUGACGAAUUAAUCCUAAGAUUGGAUCGUCAUUUGAAAGAUUGUGAAUGUAAUUGGCAAAAUGAGUUCAUGUUAGUAAUUAUCACAAUAAUCACUAUGAGAAUAUCCACUAUAUGCAACUCAACAAGAAAAGAUCAAAUGACGAAAUUAGUUAUGAAAUGUCGUCAAAUAGGAGCAAAAUGGAUCGAUCUUAUUUCAAAAAGUAUCCAACACGGAUCGGUAUCCGAUUUUGAUAGCGCCAAUGCACUUCGUGAGAAAAUUAUCGUUAUUGGCAUUACCUAUCUCCUCACGUUUGCAAUCUAUGUCGAUAGCAGCAAUACCUUACAAUUAAUAAAUAGCGACAUCGUUACUCUAUUGGUAAUCGCAACAACUAUACAUGACAACAGUAUUUUAAACAAAGAUACAAUGAAAAUGGGUGUAUUCAUGAGAAAUUUAAGAUAUUAUGGUGAAUACAUACUGCUGAGAAUUCAUCCAAGCAUGAGCAAAAUUAUUCAAGAAAGUUCGUAUGAAAGUUUGAACAAGUUUUGUACUAUACACUGGGCAGUAGCACGAACUAAAGGUAUGAUAAAUGGAAAAUGGAAGAAAAGAAAUGGAGAUGCACAUGACGGCUGGUACGAUGGCGAAUAUGAAUCGAAUAAAUUGUCUAUUGAUUGUAUACGAGGUAAAUUCUUGGUCAAUGAUAUGACUAUCGGCUUUUUACCUGAUAAAAUAACUUCGAAUGACUUAUUUCGUCGUGUCUUUCGUCAACAUGUAUUCGAAGUGCAAGCAGCAGAAACACAAGGUAGUUACAUUACCAAACAUGCAUAUCAUAACAAUGAUGUUUAUUACGAAUUUACGUAUGAUCAUACACGAGGAGUCAUAGUUUAUGAGCACCACUUAAAAGCAGACAAAAAAUUUCAACUAUUACCUACGAGUUGCUUUGAAGAAGAAUUGCCAGAUGUCUUCGUUUCGAACUAUAGUCAUUGGAGAGAUGUACAGAAGCAUAAAGUUGAAUUCCGACCGAUUUAUUUUCAAGAUGCGAAUUUCUUGACGGAAAAGCACUACAUAUUAAGAAUGAAGAAGGGAUUAAUUACGACGAAGUACUUUGAAAACGAACAAAUAUUAAUAAAUCGUACGUCGUCGUGCUUUCAGAGUUUGUUUACUCGAUAUUUUACUCGUCUUGACGAAGAACCGUAUGUUUACAUGUUGGGAGAAAACAAUUUUAUUCAUAUUCACCUCUCCCGAUUAGGAAUCGUUUUCAAAUAUGACCUUAACCAAAACAUUAUAACUUCUCGUGAAUACUCUGAUAUGUAUGUCGAUGAAAAUCAGUGGUUUGGAACAUUGACUGGUCUACAAUCCGGUCUUCUUCUUUCGCCAAUUGCAGCAGUUAAUCAAAAGCAGACGCAUUAUUCAAGUCGAAAGCUUAUUGUUCCUUUUGGACAAAUCCAAGCAACAAAAAACUCGACUAAUGACCAUCAAACAGUCACGAUCGAUCGUCAAUCACCACCGGCAUCGAUGUUACAUCAGUAUUUCGUUUUCGUUCUAAACGAUCGAUUGCGUAUUCUUCAACCGACUGACAGUCCGGCAGGUUGGCUCUAUUUAGCACUAUUACAUGCAAUGACAUCCCAUCCUCUACCCGAUCAAUACACAGGAAUGACUGGUAUGGAACGUGCGUUUCAGUUGUUAUAUUCGGCCGGCUGUUGGUCUGAUCAACCUUAUGAUUCGAUUACUCAAAACAUUCUCGUUCAAAUUGCAAUCAUUUCACCAAAAGCCAAUUUCUAUCCGCCGAAUUUUCAUUAUAUGAUGACUAUUCAUUGGAAUGGCAGCAGAUUGCCGUAUUCGAUUCAACAUUUUGGUUAUUACUUGAUAGUGAAGAAAAUGAUUGAAACAAGCGAAGAAUGGAAUUUUAUGCAUCCUUCAUCCGCUACAACAGAUAUGAAAAUAGGAAAACUUCUGGAAAGCAAAGAAUAUGAUGAAAAACUACUAGCUAAACUUUAUUGGGACUAUCGAGAUUCCUACAAUCCGACAGCUCGUUUGUCUCCACAAAUGGAAGAAGAGAUUCGUUCUUUAAGUUCGACACAAUCAUAUCGACCGACUUGGAAAAUAUUUCAUAUGCAUUCAACAAACUACCGUUCUUCUAGCCUCACGGAUUUAUAUAGUAAUGGAGAUGUCACAUUGAAGGACAGUCGAGAACUGACAUGCUUUCCUUUAUCUCGAUGGAUUAACGAUAAAUAUAAACUUCAAAACGUCUGGAUUGGUUUGUUUAAAUUCAUCGAGGAAAUAAAAAAGCUCCAAGAUGAUAUCAAGGAACAAGAAAUCGAACGGUUUGAGUUGUUACUCCAUUUUCUACAUUAUAUCUCAGAUAAAUGUUCCAUUCAACCGUAUUACUUACAGUUGCUGAGAUCCAUAUUGAAAAAUUCGACUCCAGUCCUGAGAAACAUCGCCUACCCUGCAUUCACUGAAUAUAAGAAUAUUCAAGAAAAGUCGUUUGAAGGUUCCCGUGUUAACUUGGGUAAUCUCGGUUAUAAGAAACGACAUAUAGCUUUGCAAGAAAUCGAAGAUUGCUUUGAUAAAAAUUGUUUUUACACAAAUAAAACUCAACCACAAAUCAAUCAGAUAUUCCAUUAUACUCACGAAAUCAAUAUGCUUUUAAAAUCAUGGCGAGAAAAUAUCAAAUUCUAUGAGUUUGUAAAUUAUAUUCAAGCUCAACUCCUUUGCGUCCAAUCGGUUCCAUUGGAUAUCAAGAUGUAUGUCAGUCCACAACACUUUGAAUUCGAAUCAUUCCAGAAGCACUAUCAAAUCCGUCUGAAUUCCGCAGAGGUAUUCAUCGACAAUAGCUUGUUGGAUAAUGCAAGAAUGAAGUUUUCUCGGAUCCAUUCAGAUUAUUUUAUUAAAUUGAACGAACGUACUCCAGUCAAAACCGAAAAAACGAAAUUUCCUAAAGAAAUCUUCCCUUCUACUGAUUCCCAAGUUAAUUCUCUUAGCGAUAUCAUUGGUUAUUUUAAGAAGCAAUUAACUGAGAGCUGGAAACACUUCAGUUCAACGGAAGAAUACCAACAAGAAUUUCCACUCCCCAACGAAAUCACCCAUUUCCUAGAUUGUCUACGUCAACAAUCUCUUCAGUUGUGGAAUGAGCUGGUCAAAUCCAUUAUAAUGACAAACGAUCUGCUAGUAAAAAUAGGUCUGACAGAACGAAUGGUACCGACAAUUCUGAUCUGUAUUUUUCAACAAAUAUGGUUACAUCAGAAAGAUCCGAAUGAACUCUCACUACAUUUGACUCACAAUCAAUGUACAUUACUCGGUGGUAUAAUAGUGAACUGGGUCGUAGAACAACAUAUUGAAAGAGCUCUGAAUUUCGCCAAUCAACGCAAACGGGAAGAUUUUGAGAAAGAGAUGUUAAACAUACCUCAUAGCAAUUGGAAACCAUCAGAGUAUCUACCGUGGUUAAUUCUCGAGCUAGAAAUGAACAUCACCAUUCGAGAGGUACAAGUUCAAGUGGCAAGGCACAUGAUUCAACCUUUACCAAAGGAGAAUGACUCUUCAACUAGAAAUUUCGUUAUGCAAAUGAACAUGGGCGAAGGCAAGACGUCAGUUAUUUUACCUAUGUUAGCAGUGAGUCUAUGUUCGUCAUCUUCGAGUUUCGUUCGUAUAAUUGUUUUAAAAGCAUUAUCUUCAAUGAAUUACCAGUCAUUACGAUAUAAACUCGGCGGCUUAUUAAACCGACGCGUUGUACCAUUUGCUUGCCGUCGUGACAUGGCUUUCACUGAAACACAAACGGAGAAGAUUUUUGAUCGCUUCAAACAAGGAAUGCGCCAUCUCGAUAUUGUCUUAACGUCACCAGAAGACAUUUUAUCCUUUGAUUUGCUUACAAUAGAUAAAUGUAGACGGAAAGAGUAUGAUGUUGGUCAAUCGAUGCUCGCAAUUCAAAGCUGGAUGAAAAAAUAUGUUCGUGAUGUUCUAGAUGAGUCUGAUGAAAUCUUACAUGUUAAAUAUCAAUUGAUUUAUUCUAUCGGUCGCCAACAACAGGUAGAUGGAGGCAUAGAGCGCUGGAAAACCAUUCAAUGCAUACUCAAGUUAGUCAAACAACAUGCUGCAGACAUUGCUCAACAGUAUGCUGAUGAUGUUUUCUACAAAGCGCCAUUGAAACGAAGUCAUUUUCCGCAAUUUCGCAUGCUUAAAAGCCAGCCAUAUUCUGAGCUAUGUCGAAGAAUAGCAACUGACUGGAUUGAUCUACAAAAUAAUUAUCGACAGUCAGAGCAGAAACUUAUUCUAACAUUUAUUUUGGAUACGAAUGCAUCGCUUGACGGGCUAGUUAAUCAAUUUCCGCUUGAUAAAAUUCAGUCGUUUUUGAUUCUACGCGGGCUUUUGUCAUCUGAAGUCUUAUACAUUUGUUUGAAGAAACGCUAUCGUGUCAAUUUCGGUAUAAAUCAAAACGGGAAAUACAAUCGUCUAAUAGCUGUUCCAUUUCGUGCGAAGGACGUUGCAGCCGACAAUACCGAAUUUGGACAUCCAGAUGUAGCUAUUGUAUUAACACAGCUUUCGUACUACUAUCAAGGCUUAACCGAUGCACAAAUGCUCAUGUGUUUCGAUCGCUUGAAACAAAAUGAAAGUGAUCCGGAAUUGAUCUAUGGUCAGUGGAUUUCAAUAGAGGAGGAAAGCGAUGUCAUUGGAAGUAUACAGCAAUGGAAAAGAAUCAAUUUAAAAGAUCAUCAACAACGAACCCAACUUGUUUUUCCUAUAUUUCGCUACAAUAUGUUUGUCAUAGAUUAUUUUCUUGAUCAUUUCGUUUUUCCUCAAGAAGCAAAACAAUUUCCUCAUAGGUUAGUCGCUUCUGCUUGGGACUUAUCAUCAUCGUCGUCACGUGAAAAAAUAAUCACGGGUUUCAGUGGUACGAAUGACACUCAGUUGUUAUUACCUGUUCAUAUUCAGCAAUAUGAUUUACCAGAACUUCUAAAGACCGACGCAAUUGUUCUCAACAACUUACUUUGUCCCAAAAAUGAUCAUUUUCAAGUUUUACCAAUCGGCACGAACUCCGACGGACUUCUGGAACGAAUAGUCGCCGAGAAACCAAUGAUUCAAGUCAUUCUGGACGUUGGUGCUUUGUUCAUAGAUGGAACAAAUCGUGAUAUAGCUGAUAAAUGGUUACAGCUAUCGGAUAAAACGAAAAUUGACUAUGCUGUAUAUUUCGAAUCGGAUGCUAUAUUCGUUUGUAAUCGUCAAUACCAACACCACGCCUUUCUAACAUCACCUGCAAGUGAACGUCUUGAUCGCUGUGUGUUCUAUUUGGAUGAAAUUCACACCCGAGGAACAGAUUUCAAGUUUCCUAACGAAUUUCGAGCAGCGGUCACAUUGGGCAGUGGUCUGACUAAAGAUCGUUUAGUUCAGGCUUGUAUGAGAAUGAGAAAACUGGGUCAACAUCAUUGGCUAUGUUUCUGGAGCUCGAACGAAGUUCAUCAACAGAUUCGGUCAAUCAAGAACAGUAGAAGUGCAUUGAAUAAGAAGGACACGGUCAACGAACGAAUCUCUCUGACUGAUAUUCUUCUUUGGGUAUACGAAAAUACCCAACUAGCGACAUGGGAUGGAUUACAUCUCUGGGCAACUCAAAGUUUAAGUUUUCAACGUAAAAUGGCUGCUUUUCAAUGCAUUGAUUGGAAGCAGAAACAAACAUUUGCAAAAACAACGAUGGAUAAAAUAGCUCAAGAAUGCCUUGAAGCUGAGGCUUUAGAAUUAAAGUCCAUGUAUGGUGAAUCAAAAGUAUUCCAGAAUAUAUAUGAGAUUUAUCUUGCACGUCAUAAGCAUUUUAAAAUCAAUCUUUCAGCCGAUAUUCAUGAGGCGGUGUGCAAACGAUUACGUACUUAUGGCGGUUUGAAAAAACUUCAGACGCAGUUAUUAGAUGAAGAGCAACAACGAGAAUUAGAGCGAGAACAAGAAUUACAAGAAGAACGAAAGCAGAAACGUCCACCAGUUGUUCGCCCUGUUGAACCAAAACUGCACGAUGAAAUCAUGGCCUUAUGUGAUAUGCACAGUCCAAUGUUAGAUUUAUCAAAAUUACGAUCAGUACUUCAUCCUAUUGCCGAUGCAUUUCUUGGUACCACCUUCUAUCGUGAAUGCCAACCACAUUGGUGGCCACAAAAUCUAUGGAUCACUGAUGAAUUCCAGCGUGUAAUACAAACGCAGGGAGAAUCAUUAGAUCUGUUUUUACGUCCACCACGAUGGAUUCUAAUCUACCGUAACCAACACGUCAUUUUUGUGAGUUCUUUCGAAGCUAAUCAUCUCAUGAAACAAUUACGAAAUCUGUAUCGUACACAAUCAUCUCAGAAAUUGUUGACAACAACAUUGCGUCUAAUAUUACCGCGAACUCGACAUGGUCAAUCAAUUCUAGUGAAUACGCCCUCCUUAACAACCCCGACAUCAAUUGUGCCUGCUCAUAGACCACUAUGUUCUCCAGUUCCGAAUGAAUGGCUAGUUGCAUUGUUUGUUUUUAACGGUACUUUGUACUUCGACAGUGAGAGCGAGCAAAGAGCUUAUUGUCACUAUCUUGGAAUAUGUCCAAAGCCACGUAGCGACAUUGAGAAAGAUGCGUUUGAGAAAGGAUGGAUCGAUAUUGACGGAUUUGUAGAAAAACUUGAGCAUCGUGCUGCUUUACAACUCCAAAGAUGCCAUUUUCUUAAAAAUCCUUUAGGAUUUGUGAGAAAGCUAAUCGAAACUAGAAACAAUGCACAUUCACCUCGUAUAUCGCAUGUUGGUAGUAUUCUUAUCGAUGCCGUGAAACAUCCACUUUAA